AUGCCCAGAUCCUUGCCCUUCCCGCAUCCAAAUUUGUACACAAAGGGCUUGGUUUUAAUCUCGGUCAAUUUGAUUGUAAUAUCGUUCUUGUUUUCGGCAUAUGAUGUGAAGUUGCCCGUUAAUGAGACAGUGGAAUGGGCGAUUUAUCGAGUAUACAAGGUAACUCUUUUGCUUUCUUUGUUGUUUGUUUAGAUAUAUAUGUCAAGAUGGAUCUUAUUAGCUAGCUUAAAGUCUUUUACAGGUAAUAUUAGCUGUUUUACAAUAAUUGAAAAAGCCGUUUUUGAGUUUUGAUCAAAUUAGGUUAUAGUACUCACUCUUUGAUGUAGGUAUAAACAAUUUUGGGUAUAAGUCUUUUAGUCUGUGUUAGAUAAGUACAAUUUUGCUUUUAAAAGUUGCGUUAUGGCUUUGGCUAGCUAAUUGAAAAACGUGAGAAACGAUAUAAACGUGUUCUCAAUCGUCCCCAUAUUGUUUUACGCACACCUACCAGCUUUUUCAAAAGUUUGGUGUAAAUCCGUUUUAAGUUCAUUCGAAUCGUUUUAAAAAGUAAAAUGCUUUCAGAUUAGUUAUGUUAAACGUACGGUGGACACAUUCCGAUCACUAGUUGGACUUUCAAAAUACAUUCCUCGCCAAGAACUUCGAAACCAGCAAAAGCCUGAUAAGCCACUAAAACUGGGUGUCAAACUGAAUACGAAAGGUAAUUUUUAAUAGUUCUAUUUUUAUUUUUAGGUAUCAAAUGCUUUUGGAAGCGAGAUAUGAGUCUUGUUAAUGAUUUAGUUUAACUGAAACUUAUUUUACUGGCUUCGGUUUUGGAGUAAUUCAAAGUUAUAUUAGCCAUACUAGUUAUGACAAGGAACUGACCAAAAGUUUUCGUUUUGAACUCAAUUUUCUGGCGUUUUAGGCAAGUCAGUAUAUACACCAGAUCAACUAGCACUUUUUGAUGGCAGUCGCGAAUCUCAACCAGUGUAUUUGGCCAUAUUGGGCAGGGUUUAUGAUGUGGAAAAAGGCCGAAAACACUACUCAGCUGGUGGUGGAUAUCACUUUUUCGCUGGAAAAGAUGCGACCAGAGCUUUUGUGACCGGCGAUUUCACUCCGAACGGUCUUACUGAUGAUGUUAAGGGCCUGACUGAUCAGGAAUUGCUGAGUUUGUUGGAUUGGGUCAACUUUUAUAAUAAGGAAUACAAGUUGGUGGGGUUUGUUCAAGGGCUGUUCUAUGAUGGGAAUGGCAAAUUGACAGCGUAUGGAAAGGAUGUGAGUUUAGUUUUUAUUUUUGAGGGUUUUGUUAAUAUUUUGAAGCUAUAUUUUAUAUAAAAUUUGAUUUAUAUUAACGUUUCUGGGCAAAAACUCAAAUUUUAGGUAACAAAUCACAAAUUUUUUGAAAAAAGUUUAUUCGAGGCCUUAAUAUCAAACCAAUUCUAGGUGAAUGAACGUCUAGAAAACGCGUUAGAGUACAAGAAGAAGCAGGUGAAAGAGACCGAAGCGUUUCCUCCAUGCAACUCGGAAUGGCACAAAGAUACUGGAGGUCGAGUAUGGUGCACGAACAAAAGUGGUGGAGUGAAACGAGAAUGGGUUGGAGUGCCACGCAAACUGUUCGCAGCCGGCUCGAAAUCCCAUCGAUGUGCUUGUGUGAAAAACUUUGGCAACCCCUUGGCCACGCCCAACGAACAAGGCACCCGCGGCGACUUGGACAACCCAAACUUGAAAGAAUAUGAAAAUUGUUCUCCUGUUUCAAAUUCAUGCAAGCUACCGGCUGAUUAG